AUGAUUUCUAUCGGUUGUGACUUUGCAUUGUGUAUAACAAGUGAUCAACAAAUCUAUAGCUGGGGUUUAAAUUAUAACAAUCAAUUGGGUAGACAUAUCAGUGAUAAGUACAGCAAACCAGCAGUCAUUACAUACCUCAGCGAUAUAUAUAUUAUUGAUAUCACCAGUGGUUCACAUCAUUCACUGGCCCUCAGCAGUGAUGGCACUGUCUAUGGAUGGGGUCUUAACACAUACGGACAGUGCGGUUGCGGACAACAACAAAACGAUUGCAUUAAAACUCCUAUUUAUCAAAAACAGAAACUAAAAAUUUUAGACGAAGUCAAACAACUGUUGAAACUUCAGUCAAAGUUUGUGGUCAACUGUUUGGACGCGUGGUUAGAGUCGAAAAAAAUUUACAUUCAAAUGGAUUUAUAUUCACAAAGUCUUAAUGAUAUCAUUAAACUGAAGUCAAAGACAUUUCAAAGACAAUCCAAUGAACCGAUGGAUUGUAUCGAGUAUUACAUUACUAGUCAUAUAAUGUUAGAGAUGUGUGAAUGCGUUGAAUAUUUGCAUACAAGACAACCGCCGGUCAUUCAUCGCGACCUCAAACCGGCUAAUAUACUCAUCAAUGAUAGGCCGGUAAUUGACAAUCGGUUUCUAAAACUAUGUGACUUUGGUUUGUCCACUGAUCACAACCGUACGGAUAGUCAAUCAGAUAGUCAUACAUCAAAACUGGGAACUAUUGGCUAUACGGCGCCUGAAGUAUUCAAACGUGACUACAAUGAAAAAUCUGAUAUUUAUAAGAUUAUCGGCAAUCGUAACCAAUGGUUGAUUGACAAGACAUUUAUGAUGCAAAACAAUACUAGAAAUUAUCAACAAUUUGUCGAAACAUUUGAUAAACAAGGCAUUAGAAACGUCAAACAAACAAAUAAUUAA